GUUUCGCCCUGUCCGCGCUGCCGAUGAGCGAACAGCCAAAGGAACUUGCGUCGACUUCGGCCGCCGAUCCCGUUUCGACUGCCGUCGUUGCAGCCGAGAGCCAGCCACAGCAUCUCCAGCCUCUGCCACCAGCGCCGCCGCAAGCGGUCCUCGAGGAGGAUGUCUAUGUCGCGACCGUCUCGGAGAUCAUCGAGCGGGACUUUUUCCCGCACCUCAAGAAGAUGAAGCUGCAGAAUGAGUUCUUGGGUGCCAUCAACGACGAGGAUUACUACAAAGCCAAGACUGUGGCAUUCCAGCUGGGCAAGCUGACGGGCGACCUGAAGGACGAGCCCUCGGCGAGCACGCCGGCAGCCUCAUCGUUUACACAGAAUGCCGCUCAGACUCCCACCCUCAAGCGCUUCCAGACCCCGGUCUAUACCAGCGCUACACCAAAGUCCUCGGUCGACAAUGCCGAGACAGCCACCCCAGAGGAUCUUCUCAAAGACCAAAUGAAGAAAGACGCCCGAGUUUUGAGCCUCGACGCCUUCCAGGCAAAGUAUACCAGCGAAGACAACGCCAGCUUCUUGAGGCUCCUGGAAAAGCAGAACGAGCAGAAGCGGCAAAAAUACGCAUGGACCUUUGACAAGGAGCGCAAGACGCUUCUGCUGGAGGCUCCCAAAGACGGAACAGUCUCUGCAGGCACCCCUGGAUGGGCAUACAAGGCUCAGAGCAGCCUGAUGUACUAUCCCGAGGGGGCCGCACUCACCUUUGCUGACGUCAAGGCUUCGAGGGGCGGGGCACCGACCAUUUCGCACGGCUCAACCCGGCUCGAGAGCACCAGCAUGUCGACCGGCGAGCUGCUGCAGCCUCGCAAGAGCGAUGCCCAAGUCUCGGCCGCUCACGACCCAAAACAAGCAUGGCGUGAUAUGGCGAGCGCUACCCCGGCUCUGUUUCCGGGCGGCGUCGCUGGAUCGGAAAUGAAGGUCCAGGGCUAUUCGUUCGUGGCUGCAACGCCAUCACCGGCCCCGCACAAGGAUGUGGAUCCCGAGGAGCUCAUGACCUGGGGUAUGAUCGAGGGAACGCCCCUGCUGCUCGAUUCGGGCGCUGACCAUGGCGGCAGCCGGUCAUUCCAGCUUCCACCAACGCCACGACGAGACAUGAUCGGAAUGAAACUUGCCGAGAAGGCCUCCAAGAACAUCAUCAAGCGACAGGGCGGCGGAUCGGUCUCCAAACACCGAGGAAGCACAACACCCAAGCCCGUCCACGGGGUGUCGUCUGGAUCGGGAUCGGCCACGCCGUCACUGUCGCCGGCGACCCAACGAGGGCGAAUGAUGUCCCCAGCAGCGCAACAUUUACUCCGCAAGACACAAAUCAACCGGACUGGAUUGAGCGGGGGCUCUGCGUCAAGUCCAUGGACGCAGCCACGCCCGGAUGGAUUGGGGGCGACUCGAGCAGGCUCGCCAUUCGACACCAAGCAUACCGGCGGGACCAGGCCCGCCGGGGGUAGUCGAUUCUGAUGGAGAGCCAGGAAAGAUGCGGGAGGCGAUGGUAGCUGCCGUUGGUGCUGGUGACGAAGGAAAACGAGCAGCAAUGUGGUAUUGAACACGAGCUCACUGCGAGCCAUGCUGUUGGUCGCAGCCAGA